AUGAAAGACCGGCUAAACGAGCUGCGUGAAUUUGCCAGGUUACACAACCAACAGUUUUCUGAUAGUGAGGAUGAUGAAAAUUCACCCCAAGAUGUUCUUCUUUAUGAGACUGAUUAUGCCUUGGAAAUUCUUCAUAAAGACAUACAGAACAUCCGGACAGAAAACGACCACCUAAAAGAGGAUGUCAAGCGGCUCAGAAAGCAAAACAGCCGUUUCCUUACUUCCAUGCGCCGUCUUAGUAGCAUCAAACGAGAUACUAAUUGUAUUGCCAGAGACAUCAAGGCCCGUGGAGAAAGCAUCCACAGGAAACUCCAGAUAAUGAGAGAUUUCAGCGAAGAUGCAAUAACAAAAUACGGGGCUAUGUCUGUCAUUGCCAGGGUAGCGAAGAACCACUACGUUGACCUCAUGCACUCCUUUCAGGAAGCUAUGUUUGAAUACAAUGCAACAGAGAUGAACCAACGGGAGAACUGCAAGAUUCGAAUUCAGCGGCAGCUAGAGAUCAUGGGCAAAGAUGUUUCUGGCAACCAGAUUGAGGAGAUGAUUGAGCAAGGCAAGUGGGAUGUUUUCUCUGAGAAUCUCUUGUCGGAUGUUAAGGGGGCUCGCUCAGCCUUGAAUGAGAUAGAGACACGUCAUAAGGAGCUGGUGAAGUUAGAAGGUCGCAUUAAGGAAGUUCACGAGCUCUUUCUGCAGGUGGCCCUGCUAGUGGAGGAACAGGCGGACACCUUCAAUGUUAUUGAGAUAAAUAUGCAAAACGUUGAGGACUAUGUAGGAGAAGCUAAAGAGCAAGUGAAAAAAGCUUUGGAAUACAGAAGAAAACACCCCCUCAGAACAAUCCUCUGCUGCUGCUUGUCCUAUUGCAGAAGGUGACUAUCCCACUGAAGCUAUCACAGACCGGCUCGAAUGUCUUUGAAAUCAGGCAUUCUUUCCAGUGACUUUUCUGUAACGACAACCCCUAGAAAUGGGGGGGCUAUUUUGCAGUUGUUUUUGUUCGUUGCCUUUUUCAUAACUGUGCUGAAGGCUGUUCUAUUUGAGAGCUCCUAUAAAUGUUGAUAGAACUAUUUUUAAUUGAAAUGUACUUUGUUGUUGUAACGAGAGGUGCAAGAAGAU